AUGAGUGAUUGCUCACCUAUGCCCACUCCUCUUCCCUUACAGCUCGACAAAGUUCCUCACCAAGAUGAACCUUUCUCCAAUCCUACGUAUUUCAGAAGCCUAGCUGGAAAACUGCAGUAUCUCACCUUGACCAGGCCAGAUAUACAGUUUGCGGUAAAUUUUGUCUGCCAAAAGAUGCAUUCACCAACCGUCUCUGAUUUCAUUCUUCUGAAGAGAAUCUUACGCUACAUCAAGGGCACAAUAACGAUGGGAAUCAACUUUAGCAAGAAGACCGACUGUACCAUCAGAGUGUAUAGUGAUAGUGACUGGGCCGGGUGUAAAGAAACACACAGGUCUACAGGUGGAUUUUACACUUUCUUAGGCUCCAACAUCAUCUCUUUGUCCUCUAAGAAGCAACCGACUAUUUCCAAAAACUUAACGGAAGCUGAGUACAGAACGAUGUUGAAAGCUGUCUCAGAGAUCACGUGGCUGAGCUCCCUUCUCAAAGAAAUUUGA